AUGUUUUCUUGCUUGUAUUUCGUUAUUCUCAUAUCCGGAACGUUACUGAGCUAUUUUUUAGUACCAUCACUGGUGAUUCACGGUCAUACCAAUUCCUUGUUGUCCAAAAACUUAUUUUUUGUUUUUUAUCUUACCGGUUUGGUUUAUUUAAUUGCCAACAAGAAAUGUUCCCUUUAUAUGCUGCACUUGUUCAGGCGAUUAAUAGAAUGUUAUUUCUUCAGAUACAAAAGAUCACGAAUGAAUAUACUCCAGUUUCUGCUCGGCAUAUCAUAUUAUAUUAUAAUGGCAGACCAUAUUAUGCAUUAUGAUCUCAGAUUCACCAUGGUGUUUUUUUUGCUAAACAUUGGACAGAGUAUCAGUCAUUACUUCGCUUUUAAGCAAAUAUCAACAUUUAUUCAUUACUAUGUAGAAUUCUUGAUACAUUUCUACCUUUUUCUCAGGAUCAAGUCUCUUACCUUGUUUUUAAAUUUAAUAUGGCUAGCUUUGUUUAUAGGCAUAACUAUUAAAACACGAGCUCCAUUGCACGCAUAUAAAUAUAAGAAAAGCGAUUAAAUAAGGUUGUCUGCCA